CUCAACUUGGUGUAAAACAUUGACUGGCCACCUGGUGCCAAGUACUACCCACAGGAUAGACAAUAAGAAAUCCACACUACAGGUGCAUCCGAACCCGAACCCCCUUUCAAGCAUGUAUUUUCACUCGAACGCGGUACCACUCAGAACGCACAAGAAGUCACGAAAUGGAUGUGCAGCAUGCAAAGCGAGAAGAGUCAAGUGUGAUGAAGCAAAACCACUCUGCAAGAAAUGCUCAAUACAUUUUUCAAACGUCAUAGCAUGUGAUUAUGGACCAAAUCCAGAAGUUGUCAAGAAGGCGUCUCCUAAGAAGACUACCGGCAUAUCUCCCCUGAGAAACGAUGUUCCGGCGCGUAUGAGACGCAGAUGUAUCCCUCCUUCGACAAAAGCUUCAGGAGUGACUGAAGGUUCUUCGGAUCCCGAGAAUGUGCUCUCUAUCACCCCGCAUCAUUGUUCGACCCUGGGUGGGAAGAUUGAUCCGUUCUCAGUUCUCCCGGGAGAAUCAUCACCGCGUGUUCACUCCCUCAUGCAUCAUUGGACUACCACACUGGCCCUAGUCCCUACAAAGAUUCACAGCCAGUACUGUACUAAUCCAAUGUGGCUCUCAGCAGCAAUCGCAAACACCUCUCUCUUCAACAUAACCCUCUAUGCCUGCUCAAUCCACGGGGCUGGCCUUCGAGGAACGAAAGAGAGCGCCGAAUCAAUCUUCUACAAAGCGGAGACUAUCCGCAAUUUGAACGAGUGUUUGGACAACCCAGAUCUAGCACUGGCUGACGAAACACUGGCUACAGUGUUACUACUUACACACAUCGUUAGCAUAAUCGGUGAGCCGAUGGAGGUUGAAACCCACAUCAAAGGCCUCCAACAGAUGAUCAGCCUCCGUGGGGGCAUCCAAAAUUACACCUUAGGAGGAGUCUUCCUUCACAUGCUUUGCACCACAAAUCAUCUUACAGCCGUCUUUUCUGAGGCACCUGCUCUACACCCACCUACCUGUCCUUACACACCCAUCAAGAGUUCAACUACUCACUGCGCUGUUUCUGUCCACGAGUCGCCACUUCUUAAACCCUUCGCCAUUUCCAGUGGUUUUCACACCGUGAUGGUUGACCUGUUACAUGAUAUGGGCUACCUAUACGCCGUCUUAGAUGUCUUUACACGUCGUUUCCUACUACAUUGGCGUGGGGGAUUCGAGAAUGUAGUGGCGAAUAUUGAGCAGAUGGUAGCAAUAGAGGAUGAGAUGGGGAGACAGUCGACACAGAGGGAGGUGGACAGGCUGCAAUUUAAGGGUGUGUAG